AAAGACCAAAAGAAAAUCGGAGGGAAACUCAUUCUGCUGAAUGUGGGUCAGGGGCUCUCGUUGAUUCUGGCUGCUCAAAGGAGGUCAAAAGGGGCGCUGUAAGGCGCUCCAGUCCCGAAGGCUUUGGGCAGUUGUCGUCCCAUUGCUUUGCACAGCCAUGCUGCAGCAAUCCUGCUUCAAUUGCAGCGCUCGGAGAAGUUUCCUCAAUUAGUGACACGAGCAAGCUCGUCUCAUUCGUCUCUGCAUGCAAGCCACGUCCAACGGAAGAGCGGAGAGAAGACCCAAAGGAAGAAAUGGCUGGCGUUAGCGUGCAUUGGCAGCUGCCCUCUCAGAGCUUCGUCUCAUUUGGCGAGAAUGCAGCGUGCCACCCCCCUCAGGGAGUCAAGUCCAGCCACCAGGGUUCUCAGCACUGGGCGCCCCAGCGGUGCAAUGUCUCAGCAGCUGGUGAUAGGCAACCACGACUGGGGAAUGCAGUCAGACGCAAUCCCUCUCAAAGACGUCAGAAUUUCACAUCUGGAGCAGGGGGAAUGGAGGAAUCAUGGGGACUAGACCAAAAGCAGCGGCCUUGGAGCUGGCCGCUUUCCAUGCCUUCUGUCGGCUGUCGAAAACAAUUUGUAUUGAAAAGGGGCUUGAUAGUACCAAUACGCUGUGUCGGGCUUUCUGACGGCGCAGCGGCUUUUGAACAACCGCAUCUCGAACAGGGGCAAACAAAUUCCAGCUCGCAGCCCAAUUUUGACCCCUUGUCGCUUCCAGACAACACAGCUGAACAUAGUGCAGAACAGCGCUCUCAAAAGCAAGCCACCACAGUAUUCCAACUAGUCGCAGCGGUCUGCUUGGCGCUUAUCAUCGCCGCAUGGCAACCCCCCAGUUCCAGCAGCUUCCUGUCCCUCAGCAUGUCAACCACCCCCCAAACAGGGCCCUCCCCAAUACAGUCCUUCCACCCCUUGAUCCAGACUGCUUGGACGGGCCUCGUCACUGGUGUCCUGCACACGAUGACUGGUCCUGAUCACUUGGCGUCGCUGGCGCCACUGACGAUCGGGCGCUCGAGGGUGCAAAGCGCACUGCUAGGGGCGCUCUGGGGGGCGGGGCACGGAACAGGCCAGCUGUUGUUGGGGUCGAUCUUCUUGCUCUUCAAGGAGAACAUCGAGCACCUGCUCCCCCUCCUCUCCCGCUGGAGCGGCACCCUCGUCGGCCUCAUCCUAGUUCUCAUCGGCGCGCACGGCCUCCACGAGUCGCUCCUCCCGAUCGACGGCGAAGCCAUGGAGUUCACAUCCUACAUCGGCACCUACAUCAACGGCUUCACUUUUGGGCUCCAACCGGACGCGCUAAUGAUGAUUCUCCCGGCGCUCGCGCUCCCAUCCCGUGCCGCGGCCGCGAGCUUCCUCGGCGCGUUCUUGCUCGGGACGAUCGCCGCGAUGGCGACGUACGCGGCGGGCAUCGGCGCCGCGAGCGAGGCGCUCGGGAAGCGAAUGCCGUGGCUCACGCAGAGACUUUCGCAGAUUUCGGGGAUCGUUGCCAUCUUGCUGGGACUGUUCUUCGUUGUCACAAAUGUGCUCGGACUCUGAUCAAACCGAGCCGUUUCAGAGCUCUGAAAGUUUUGAUCUAUCAACACAAUAAUCGAACGUACGAAGCGAGCUCGCACUAGAGGCCCUGUUUAUUCUCCGCUGUUCCAUCAAUCUGUUUCAUGGCCCGUGGCCCUUGUGACCCUGAUGGUUGUUCACAGUGAGCGUGCCUGAUACGCCCGAUAAGGGCAUUCAGCAUGCUCGAAUCUUUUGGCCCGGUCGAAGAAGGAAUCGAAAGGGUGGAGUUUCUGAGGAACGGGAUAAAACGGCUUGUUUGAUGCAGAGCUAAGUUGCUGGCC